AUGACCUCCUCUGCAAAGACGGCUGACCAUUUAGAGCAUCUGAUCCUCAAACACGGCUACCCCACCCCAGUGUCGUUGUCGUCCCUGCGGGAUUUGACGGCCACUUCUUCUGCAUAUAACCCACCCACCUCUGCUCCCUACUCUUCUCCUUCCCGUCCGCCGCUGCGACGGUCGGAUUCCAUUCCCAUUGACGCCCUCGAUACUCCCGUCCUCUCCUCUUCGUCCACGCGACCCAUCCCAAUUCCUCGGCGCCGCCACGGAUCCGACUACGACGAUCAUCUCCCCGUGACCCCGCUGACCGGUCGCUUCGACCACGACGAUUACCUGGAAGAUUGGGAGCGUGCCUCCUUGUCUGCUCGAUCUCGACAUCUCCGUUCUCCCUCCAGACCUUCGCGUCCGAGCCGACAUUUGUCUGCGCCGACUGCCGCCGUCGUUGCUCCCGCUGGUCCCGGUCCGUCUCGGUAUCGUCGGCCUCCUUCCUCCAGCAUGCGUGCCGACCACUCUCCGUUCUACUCCCCAGUGGCUUCUCCGACCAUGUCUCCGCGCCGUCCCAGUUCUCCGCAACCCUCCCGCUCACGGGGCCAGACUCCGCCCACCAAGGCCAUCCCCGGAUUCUCCUUGGGCAGCCUGCCUCGCUUCCACCCAGCCGUCUACCAAUCCAACCCCAGCGGCCAUUCCAGCUCGGGCCAGCCACCCUCUCCUCGGCAGUCCCGGCAGCAAGCCUAUCGCGCCACAUCGGGGCCUCGCGAUGUGAAAUGGCAAUACGGUGCUCUCUUAGAUGCUGCUGAGCAAAGCCCCUCAGCACCACGCCUGGAUCCCUUACGGAGUCCCGGCCCCGUCACCCCGCUGGCCCUCGAAUCUGCGGAUUACCUAGCGGCCGGUCUUUCCGGGACUGUCCACCACGGUGCCCGUGAUGUCGCCAGUUCGCACGCGGGUCCCUCGGCGGAUCUGGUGGAAAAAUUGAUUGCACGGGAGAACGACAAGGCCCGACAAAAGAGUCGUCCGGCCGCCAAGGGCCGGUGA